AUGGCAAUUUCUCUAUCAUUUUUCCCCAUCUUAUCGGCGCUGCUUCUUGCAUUUUCCCUCCUCGCAGAAGCAGCGACGGUUACUUAUGACUUCAACAUUACUUGGGUACGAGCAAAUCCCGAUGGCGCUCAUGAACGUCCAACCAUUGGCAUUAAUGGACAAUGGCCAUUGCCUAUUAUAAGGGCAAAUGUUGGGGAUCAAGUAAUUGUUAACGUUGAUAAUCAACUUGGCAAUCAAACUACAACACUUCAUUUUCACGGUCUUUUCAUGAAUGGCAGUACUCAUAUGGAUGGACCUGCACAAGUAUCUCAAUGUGGAAUUCCCUCUGGUUCACAAUUUGUUUACAAUUUUACUGUUAACCAGCCAGGUACUUACUGGUAUCAUUCCCACGACAGAGGGCAAUAUCCAGAUGGACUUAGAGCGCCAUUCAUUGUCACGGAUCCAGACUUUCCAUAUGCGGAUGAUGUUGACGAGGAAUUUGUCCUCUCGGUCUCAGACUGGUACCACGAGGAGAUGCAAGUCUGGAUUCCUAAGUUUAUCGGAGUUGCAAACCCAACUGGAGCGGAGCCUGUUCCUCAAGCCGUUCUUCUAAAUGAUACUCAAAACCUUACUCUAUCCGUACAACCCGGGAAGACCUACCUAUUUCGCAUGGUCAAUAUUGGUGCUUUCGCUGGCCAGUACAUUUGGUUCGAAGGCCACAAUAUAACCAUUGUCGAAGUUGAUGGCGUCUAUACUGAAAAGGCAGAGGCAGAAUCUAUAUAUAUUGCUGCAGCUCAGAGAUACAGCUUUUUACUCACCACCAAGAAUGACACUUCGGCGAACUCUGCUUUUGUCACAAGCAUGGAUACGUCCCUUUUUGACACAAUUCCUGACGGCUUGAAUUGGAACGGCACGGGAUGGCUGGUCUAUGACGAUAAUAAAGCCCUCCCGGAUGCCGCAUUUGUUGACGAAUAUAACGAUUUCGAUGAUUUCAAUCUAGUACCUUACGAUCGCAUGGCGCUACUUCCAGAACCUGAUCAGGUUAUUAGUCUCGAUGUAGUCAUGGACGUGCUUGGAAAUGGUAAACCAUAUGCAUUCUUCAACAAUAUUACAUAUGUUUCCCCCAAGGUUCCCACCCUAUAUUCAGUUAUGUCCACUGGAGAUGAUGCUGCAAAUGCUGCUGUUUAUGGAGAGUUCACUCACUCUUUUGUUCUUAAUUACCAACAAACAAUUGAAAUCGUCGUAAACAACCUUGACUCCGGCAAACAUCCUUUCCAUCUCCACGGUCACAACUUUCAAGUAAUCCAGAGAUCCGAUGAAGAUGCUGGCACAUUCGACUCUACCAACACAACAGAGACAUCCUUUCCAGCUGUUCCCAUGCGUCGCGACACAGUCGUUCUUCGUCCAUCCGGCUACCUCGUUCUCCGUUUCCAAUCCGACAACCCGGGAGUUUGGCUCUUCCACUGCCACAUCGAAUGGCACGUCGACCAGGGUCUCAUCGCAACCAUGAUCGAAGCCCCUCUGGAGCUCCAAAAAUCUCUCACUAUCCCAAAGGAUCACAUCACGGCUUGCCAAGCUCGUGGUGUACCAUAUGCAGGUAAUGCGGCUGGUAAUACGGAAGAUUACUUGGAUCUGAAAGGUGCCAAUGUAGCCCCUGGCCCGCUGCCUGCAGGUUUUACGGCAAAGGGAAUUGUAGCUAUGGUGUUUAGUUGCUUGGCUGCGCUUUUGGGUCUAGCUACCAUUACGUGGUAUGGGCUUGCUGAGAUGGGGGAUGCGGAUAAGGAGGCGGAGAAGAAAAGAUUGGCGGGAGAUGGAAGUGAGAGUCGUGAAGGCGUUUUUGUUCCGGAGAGUGUUAUGGUGGAGAAGUAA